CCGGAGCUGCAGUGUAGACCGGGAGGGGGAGCCUGGGGGUUCCGACGACGCGGCGGAGGGAACGAACCCCGACCGGAUCGCUGAGAGCGCAGCCCCGCUCGGCGUCGCCCGACCGCGUCAGCUCGGAGAAGCCAGGCCAGGCCCUCGGGGACCCGGAGGCACCCGGAGCCAGCGCAGCCCGGCCAGUCGGGCCUCGUCCCGGAGACAGUUGUGACCCCCUGAUUGUGGCAGGAUGGCUCAGUGGAACCAGCUCCAGCAGCUGGACACGCGGUACCUGGAGCAGCUCCACCAGCUGUACAGCGACAGCUUUCCCAUGGAGCUGCGGCAGUUCCUGGCACCGUGGAUUGAGAGUCAAGACUGGGCAUACGCAGCCAGCAAAGAGUCACAUGCCACAUUGGUGUUUCAUAACCUCUUGGGUGAGAUUGACCAGCAGUAUAGCCGAUUCCUGCAAGAGUCCAACGUCCUCUAUCAGCACAACCUGCGAAGAAUCAAGCAGUUCCUGCAGAGCAGGUAUCUUGAGAAGCCAAUGGAAAUUGCCCGGAUCGUGGCCCGAUGCCUGUGGGAAGAGUCUCGCCUCCUCCAGACAGCAGCCACAGCAGCCCAGCAAGGGGGCCAGGCCAACCACCCAACAGCUGCUGUGGUGACAGAGAAGCAGCAGAUGCUGGAGCAGCAUCUUCAGGACGUCCGGAAGCGUGUGCAGGAUCUAGAACAGAAAAUGAAGGUGGUGGAGAAUCUGCAGGACGACUUCGACUUCAACUAUAAAACCCUCAAGAGUCAAGGAGACAUGCAGGAUCUGAAUGGAAACAACCAGUCCGUGACCCGACAGAAGAUGCAGCAGCUGGAACAGAUGCUCACAGCGCUGGACCAGAUGCGGAGAAGCAUCGUGAGCGAGCUGGCGGGGCUUUUGUCAGCAAUGGAGUAUGUGCAGAAAACACUCACAGAUGAAGAACUGGCCGACUGGAAGAGGCGACAGCAGAUCGCCUGCAUCGGAGGCCCUCCCAACAUCUGCCUGGAUCGUCUGGAAAACUGGAUAACUUCGUUGGCAGAAUCUCAACUUCAGACUCGCCAGCAAAUUAAGAAGCUGGAGGAACUGCAGCAGAAAGUGUCCUACAAGGGGGACCCUAUUGUGCAGCACCGGCCGAUGCUGGAGGAGAGGAUCGUGGAGCUGUUCAGAAACCUGAUGAAAAGUGCCUUCGUGGUGGAGCGGCAGCCCUGCAUGCCAAUGCACCCCGACCGGCCCUUGGUCAUCAAGACUGGCGUCCAGUUCACUACCAAAGUCAGGUUGCUGGUCAAGUUUCCUGAGUUGAAUUAUCAGCUUAAAAUUAAAGUGUGCAUUGAUAAAGACUCUGGAGACGUUGCGGCCCUCAGAGGAUCUCGGAAAUUUAACAUUCUGGGCACGAACACAAAAGUGAUGAACAUGGAAGAGUCCAACAAUGGCAGCCUGUCUGCAGAAUUCAAGCACUUGACCCUGAGGGAGCAGAGAUGUGGGAAUGGGGGUCGUGCCAAUUGUGAUGCCUCCUUGAUUGUGACUGAGGAGCUGCACCUGAUCACCUUCGAGACGGAGGUGUACCACCAAGGCCUCAAGAUCGACCUAGAGACCCACUCCUUGCCAGUUGUGGUGAUCUCCAACAUCUGUCAGAUGCCAAAUGCUUGGGCCUCGAUCCUGUGGUACAACAUGCUGACCAAUAACCCCAAGAAUGUGAACUUCUUCACUAAGCCCCCGAUUGGAACCUGGGACCAAGUGGCCGAGGUGCUCAGCUGGCAGUUCUCGUCCACCACAAAGCGAGGGCUAAGCAUCGAGCAGCUGACCACACUGGCUGAGAAGCUCCUAGGACCUGGUGUGAACUACUCAGGGUGCCAGAUUACGUGGGCUAAGUUUUGCAAAGAAAACAUGGCUGGCAAGGGCUUCUCCUUCUGGGUCUGGCUAGACAAUAUCAUCGACCUUGUGAAAAAGUAUAUCUUGGCCCUUUGGAACGAAGGGCACAUCAUGGGUUUCAUCAGCAAGGAGCGGGAGCGGGCCAUCCUAAGCACGAAGCCCCCGGGCACCUUCCUGCUGCGGUUCAGCGAGAGCAGCAAAGAAGGAGGGGUCACUUUCACCUGGGUGGAAAAGGACAUCAGCGGCAAGACCCAGAUCCAGUCUGUAGAACCAUACACCAAACAGCAGCUGAACAACAUGUCAUUUGCUGAAAUCAUCAUGGGCUAUAAGAUCAUGGAUGCUACCAACAUCCUGGUGUCUCCGCUGGUCUACCUCUAUCCCGACAUUCCCAAGGAGGAGGCGUUCGGAAAGUACUGCCGACCGGAGAGCCAGGAGCACCCUGAGGCUGACCCAGGUAGUGCUGCCCCCUACCUGAAGACCAAGUUCAUCUGUGUGACACCAACGACCUGCAGCAAUACCAUUGACCUGCCGAUGUCCCCCCGCACUUUAGAUUCAUUGAUGCAGUUUGGAAAUAACGGUGAAGGUGCUGAGCCCUCUGCAGGAGGGCAGUUUGAGUCGCUCACAUUUGACAUGGAUCUGACCUCGGAGUGUGCUACCUCCCCCAUGUGAGGAGCUGAAAACGGAAGCUGCAGAGAAGUGACUGAGACACCUGCCCCGUGUUCCACCCCUUAAGCAGCCAAACCCCAGAUCAUCUGAAACUCCUAACUUUGUGGUUCCAGAUUUUUUUUUUUUUUCAAUCUCCUACUUCUGCUAUCUUUGAGCAAUCUGGGCACUUUUUAAAAUAGAGAAAUGAGUGAGUGCGGGUGAUGUGUUUUCACGUCAGGAGGAACGUGCUCUCUGAGGCCGUGAUGGGGGAUGUGAAAGCGGGAGGCUGGAGGGAGAGAAAGGAAACGCCUCGUGUUCUGUUCUGCUGCCCUCCUUUCUCAGCAGCUCGUGGUUUAUUGUUAGAAAAGUGCCUCCUGGUGCCCAUGGCAUCCUUCUGCCCAUUUCUGUGAGCUGAUACCCUAGGCUGCCUGCAGCUGAGGACUCUGGCACUGCACUUUUAACCUUGCUAAUGUCCAAAUAGAAGACAGGACUAAGCCCAUAGGUUUUUCUAUUUUAAUUAAAAAGGAAAAAAAAAUAAACAAAAGAUAAUACAACUUAAAGGGCAAAACACACUGAAAUAGCAUAGCCUUUCUGUGUCAAAGAAUCUCAGUUAUCAGCCUCUUUGGUGCUUUAAGCAUUCAGCUGUCUUAAGGCCGAUCAUCUCUGUAAAUCCUUAAAUGCUUUCAGAUUAAAUCUGUAGAGGCAUCAGAGACUGUAGCCUGGCCUUGUGUUUGAACACGAAAGUCAGAGAGAACCUAGGUACCCCAGACUCUUUUCACAAACUGGCUUUUAUUUUUCCCAGUACCCGUUGGAAGGGUAAGGCUAGGCCAAGGGCAUGGAAAACCUUUGUCAUCGCCCUACCCCAACCCAGACUGCAGACCCCGGAGCCAGCCUGCCCUGUGGGUGCCUUGCUGGGGCUGGGAUCAGCCUGUCUUUCUUUCCCACUUGACCUUGUUAGUGGUAUGUCUCCUUCCCAUGUCCAAAGACCCUCUGUCCUGCUUGCAUUGGGAACCCUGGCCUCGGGACCUUGUGACAAGAGGGACUGAGUUACAGGUUUGACCCUGACUCAGACUACAGGUCCUCAGCAAAGCUCAGGGAGUAUGGUCCUUAUCCUGUUUGCCUGGUUCCCAGGGGGACCUGUAACCACAGGGCAAAAGCUGACUGAUAAACUCCAGGUCUGCCCCUCCUGUGAGGGGUGUAUCCUUGGCCUCCCCUGAGACUGGCGAUUGUCUGCUCCCCACUGGGGGCCCCAGGUCAGGUGGAGCAGAGUGCCUGCACCUACUGUGGCCUUCAUGUCACCCGCUUGCCUCAGCCCGUCAGCCUACUUGAACACUUAGUGGUUCAAGGCAAGCCUCCCCUGACACAGGGGCAUGGCUAGAUUCAGUGACUCAAAGCCACCUUGUUGAGUAGAUCCGUGUCUGUGGAAUUCUGUCUGUUUCACGCUAAUUAACCAGUGUCUGAAUUAAGGGUGGUGAAGGCAUUGUCUCCAAGACAAACUGCUUGCCUUGGCCACCCCUGGCCUUCUGCUAUGAGACAGUUAUCACUCUCCCUUCCCCAGCAAUGUUCUUUAGUACACAAUAAACUGAAAGGAUAUUUAGAAAGGCAGGGCUUGGGCACACUGACAGCUUUAAAUCCUGGGGACCCAGGGUCGGUGUGAGGGCUUCUCUGGGGCACGUGCUGAAAAACACCAGGCUCUGGGAAGUAUGUGUACCUAGGUUAACCAACCAUAGUGCUGGCCCCAAGGAGUCCUCAGAACCGCCCACUUUCCCUCCCUUUGGCCCCCAUCUGUCCUCUGCCUUGCCCAGCCAUGCCUGCAGAUUGCUUAGCCUCCCUGCAGUGGCUUGUAUUCUAUCCUGGCCACUGCAUUCAAAUCCCAAUGUAUACUUUCUAGUGUAAAAAUUUAUAUUAUUGUGGGUUGUUUGUUGUUGUUGUUUGUUUUUUGUAUAUUGCUGUAAGUACUUUAACUUCUAGAAAUAAAGAUUCUAUAGGAA